AUGCUAGAAAAUUGUCCUAUUUUGCAGAUGUAUCAGCAGAAACAAGUCGAAUUGUUGCCUCAAUAUCAGCAAGCACAAACAGAUUUUGCUAUGCAGCAUUUCACUUAUUUUCAAUCACAUCAAUCAUCUCAACAAAAGAAAUUUGAUCAUCGUUCUCCACAAAGUAUCAGAAGUUGUGAUCAAGUUAAUACGAUUAGCUUGGUUGAUUUUUCAGAAGAUAGUGAUACUCAAAUGUCCCCAACUACAAAAGAUUGUUCAGGAUUGAGAAAUAAGAGAUCAUAUUCCGGUUCGGGGCAAACAAUAUCACAGCUAACGAAAGAACGAUUAAAAACAAUGAUUACAACUAAAAUGAAUCGUAUUCGUUGUGAUAGCGGUAAUACAUCACAAACAGCAACAUCAGCUACUUGGACCACAACUUCUCCUGCGUCAAGUGCUACAAAUUCAGCUUCACGAUCAAGCUGUAUCGAAGGUCAAACUUCGCAGCAAACUCAUACAGCUUCAUUACAAGGGUCAAUAGCUGUUUCAUCUCCGCAUUUUGAGCCGUAUUACAUUCCUUCUACAGUGCAUGCAUUGCAUGGAUCACUGCAGACAUCUGAGCAUCAGUUACGAAAAGUAAGCAGUGAACCGAAUUUAAAAAUGCGAAUUCGUGCCAAACUUCUCAAUAAAAGUGCUGGUCCAUUACAGUCACAAAACAGUGCUUUCACUUUCACACAAAGAAGCUCUUUCAGUGAUACUGCGAUGGACACUGAUGUUGGUGGCAGUACAUCAUCUGCUGGCUCACCGACAACAUUUCUUGCUUCGACUCCUCAUCUGAUGGUUCCUUCACCAUCCUUACCAAAUUUAACUUCGCCAUCACAAAUACCGAUGGAUAUGUCAGCAUUACUUACUCAAGCAUUGUAUUCACCAUAUUUUUCGAUGCCGUCACUCAUUGGAAGUAGUCCUUUGCAACCGUCUUUUUCACUGAUUGAUUCAGGGGAACAAUUGAGUAGUACUAUAAGCGAUGGAGCAACACGUCAACCAAUAAAGUUAGAUACACUGACUCAAAAUACCCUCUUAUCUCUAGGUGGGUAUCCUUCAUUACUGAAGCAGCAGUUGCGAGAUUUGGUUCUUAGACGAAAGUCAUUAGUCCGAGAAGAGCCAGAGGAUGAAGGAGCUUUAGAAGCUCAACUUUCAUCUCGUUUCCAAGGUGCUCCAGGCUUGCCUGAUAUGAACACGCAGUUGAAGACAGGUUUAGUUUAUGAUGCGUCUAUGGCUAGGCAUCAGUGCGUUUGUGGUAGUAACAGAAAUCAUGUAGAACACGGCGAGCGUAUAUUAUCCAUUUGGUCCCGCUUGCAAGAACGUGGUUUAUUGGAAAAGUGUGAACGAGUUUUUGCGCGCAAGGCACCACUAGAAAUGUUAAGAACUGUUCAUGCUUCGACAUAUGUCACUUUCUUCGCUGUAUCACCAACGGCUUGCCUUAAAAUGGAACCGUCGCAGUUACCUGUCAAAAGUUUUGUACAACUUCCUUGUGGUGGUAUUGGAGUUGAUUCAGAUACAUAUUUCAAUGAUGCUUCAACGCAGUUAGCAGCUCGCAUUGCUGUGGGUUCUUUGGCUGAAUUGGCUUUACAAGUAGCAGAAUCAAGGUUACGCAAUGGUUUUGCGUGCAUACGGCCUCCAGGUCAUCAUGCAGAAUAUGAUCAAGCAAUGGGCUUUUGUUUUUUUAACAAUGUUGCGAUUUCUGUCAAAUAUUUACAGCAGAGAUGUGCUGAGCAAUGCUUACGAAUAGCAAUAAUCGACUGGGAUGUUCAUCAUGGUAACGGUACACAAAUUUGUUUUGAAUCUGAUCCGUCCGUACUUUAUUUAUCUCUCCAUCGACAUGAUAAUGGGAAUUUCUUCCCUGGUACUGGAGCUGUUACUGAAGUCGGAAUUGGAGCUGGUAAAGGUUUUACGGUGAAUAUUCCUUUUUCUGGAGAAAUGAUGGAUGAUGCUGACUAUUUAGCUGCAUGGCGUGUUAUUGUCACUCCAAUAUUAAGCCAAUUUAAACCCAAUUUUAUUAUGGUUUCAGCUGGUUUUGAUGCAGUACAUGGACAUUCUCAAGCUUUAGGAGGAUAUCAUUUGUCGCCUCAGUUGUUUGGCUAUUUUACUCGUCAACUUAUGAACUAUGCGGAAGGACGAAUUGUGCUCGCCUUGGAAGGAGGCUAUGAUCUUGAAUCUAUUUCGGAAUCAGCAGAAGAAUGUGUAAAGGCAUUAUGUAAUGAAAGUCCUGAGACAACUGGAAAAUUGAGCGAUGAAGCUCUGAAUGCUCUUCCGAAACAAAGUGCGCAGGAAGCCAUACAGAAAGUAGUUGCGGUUCAUAAAAAACAUUGGUCAGCGUUAACAGCCACACAAGGUAUUGGUAGCAGUGAACUUCAAUGGCAAGCGGUGGCACAGAAAUUUGCUUCUUUGUCUGUUUAA